UUUUUGUUUUGACAUUUUGCUGUUCACAUUACUCAAUAGGACGGUAUUUUUCAAGCAUUCAUAUUAAUUCUCUGAUUUUACUGGGUCAAAGUGCUUUAUCUAUUCAGUGGCGAGGCCACAGGUGAUAUCUUCCGCAUGAAUCCAUUCAAGUAGGACGAGGUUCAAUCAAAAUAAAGGGAUGACCCUUGCGCUACGCCUUUUGCGCCGACCGGCUUAUCUCUCCCAAAGUAGUUCAUUUACACUGCAGCGGCAACAGUAUGCCACCCCCCUAGCCAUAGUCAUACGGAAACGAAGUGGUGCAACGGAGAAACGCGCUGUCGAAAAGAAAUCACAACUCCCACCCAUCGUUCCACCUAAAAUAUAUCCAACAGAACCAAAGCAUGAAACAGCUAAAAGUGAUGACUCGGAUGAUGCACAGAGUUGGUCUAAAUGGCCACCACCCGCAAAGGAUGACAAAAAAUUAUCUUCCCAAAGGCUGUCAAGAGAAAACGUCGAAGGCUAUAUGUUUAAACAUUUUUUUGACUAUAUCAAAAACUAUGAAAAAUUGUUGGAGAAAAACUUUCCCUCAGCCAUGAAAUUAUAUCGCACUUAUGUUGACGGCGUAAUGGAUUUUUACAACGAUAUGAAAUCUUACCUAAAGGUAGCGCGCAUUGUGAAUAACUCACCAAUGGGACUGAAAGCGCUCAAUCGUAAAGAACUUGAGCUCUACAUGCAAAUGCCACGCGAUAUGAUGAAAGUUGCGCCUGCGUUAAUUGUCGUGGCACUGCCGCUGGUCGGUUACGUGGCGAUGCCGUUAAUUUUCGCGUAUCCACAGCUAUUCUUAUGUUCGCAUUUUUGGACCCUACAACAACGGGCAGAGUUCCAGCAAGCGAUAUUGCAAAGGCGGCUGAAAAAUAAUAAAUCUGUUUUCAGAAUUCUACAAUCGAAAUUAAAGGACGCCAAGAAACACGAAAGUCACCAAGAACUGCAACAAAUACUGGGCAUGUUGGGAAGCGGCUUUCAUCCCAGUGUCGAGUCAUUGCUCAGAGUCAAAGACAUUUUUGCGCAACCGCCAUACGAUCUGCUCUCUCUAAGUAGGAAACAAGUUAAAUUGUUGUGUCAACUGCAUGGGGUCCCAACGCCUUUGUUCAAACGUUAUCACCUUGCGGAGCAUGCGUUUCUGGUACAUAACAUGGAUUUAGCUAUUGUACGCGAAGGACAUGUUCAUAACAUGCAUCCGGAUGGUAUUAGACGUUCUUGCUAUAUACGUGGGCUCAAUCCCAGCAAUCUUAGCCAUGAAGAAAUGAUAGCAUGGCUACGUAAUUGGAUAAAAAUUUCCACAUCACUUGAAGAGCAACAUAUUAGCAUGUUCCUGUACCUGCCAGUGCUAUUAGGCUAUAACCAUCCAAAUAAUUGGCACUUAAUUUAUGACAAGAGUUAGAUGGUUAAAUAAAAGCGAACGAUCGUAAUUCAAGACGCACUUGAAGAUAAAGAAAAAAGAUUGAAAGGAAAGAACUACCACAUAUCGAAGUGCCAGGAAAGAAGCUUUCUUAUCAUUAUUUUAAGUUUAUUUUAUUGUUCAUAUACAUCAAAUGAUUCGUAUUUUGUUACGAAUUAUAUUAGUACAUAUAUUAGCUCCAUUUUUUUGUUAAAAAUUUAGUACCUCACCUUUUUUCAUAAUAAAUAUGAAUACUGCACUGUUUAA